CCGAACUCCCCCCGAACAAACCCAAAAAAAAAAACAGCGAAGUGAGGAGCACGACCACACGCGUCCAGCUUUUCGCUCGCACCAGCUCACCACCUCAAGCUCACCUCACGAGCUAGCUAAACUAGCCUUCGCCUUCGCCCUCCUCCCUCCGCCUCCAUUCCCAUCACCCCCAGCCAAAUCCGCCUCGCUUCCAUCCACCCACCCCACACCUCUAUGCCGCCUCCCCUCCCAUGGCGCCAACCGCUCGCCCCUCCCCGAGGCCACCCCCACGAGCCGCGACCUUGACGACCACCCUCCUGCUGCUACUCCUCUCCUCCCUCGCCGUCGCCGCAGCCCAAUCGCCGCCUCCUCCACCGCCGCCGCCGCCGCCGCCUCCCCCGCCACCUCCGCCAUCUCCCCCUCCGCCGUCGCCGUCACCGUCACCGCCUCCGCCUCCUCCUCCUCCUCCGCCGCCGCCGCCGCCGUCACCGCCGCCGCCAUCCCGCGCGCUGCCGCAGGAGCGCGCGUCGAAGAAGCACCCCGUCCCCCCGCCGCCUUCCUCCCGCCCGCGCCACCGCCACCCGCCCCCGCCCCGCCCGCGGCGGCUCAACUUCGGGGAGAAGCUCGGGAUCGCCUUCGCCGGCGUGGCCGUCGCGGCGCAGGUGGUCUUCGCCACCUUCCUCGCGCUCCGCGCGUGGCAGCUGCGGCGGCUCGACCGGGCCGAGGUGUCCUCGUCCACGCCCCUCACCUGACCUGAAGCCAGCCAGCUCGCCGGCCCGGCCGGCCGCCGCCAUGCUCGCCGCGUCGCGUUCGUCCGCGUCAGGUCCGUGGUUUUUUUUUUUCUGGAACUAUCCGUGAUCUGAUGCCAUUGCUGCAAACUAAACUGUAAAGAAAUCAACGAGGACGUAGUAGCUCCACUCCACAGACUACGUCUUCCCCGAUUCCGUUGUAGAAGCCAUUCUUUCGUUCACAGACACAGAUCGAGCAUACAAGAGCGCGUCGCUGCUGCACCGUGUACAAUCCGCUUCUGCAUUGUGCAGACUCUAGUAGGGAGGCAAUGUGAUCUACUGAGAGAUGUAGUGUUCUUCUUUGUUACUGCCACUAUGUGGUCCAUAUUUCAGAGAUGGUGCUUGUGUUGCGAUUAAUUGCGAUUGCUUGCGGGAGAGUACUGAAGAUUAUCUCGUUCAAUGGAUCUCAUGAAUGUACAAACAGAGGGAUAUAUCAAUUAUUGUAGCGAUGUGAUCUGGGCUCUUUAAAAUUUUCACCUGUGGUACCACUUGCUACAAUCAAUAUAGGUCCAUGUGGAAUGAUUGACCCAACCCUGGCCCCUUGUUAUUCGAA